UUCAUUUAACACGUGUAUUGUUCGUGGUGAUAGGCAUAUUUGGUUUAUAACUUCAACGAAGGUUAUAUUAUAGGUCGUGUAAAAAAUAAAUUGUAUAUUAAUUUACUGUUCAUUAAUUUAUAUAUAAACUUGUCGUUAUGACACAAUUUGGAAACGUGACAGCUGAUCAAAUGUUAGCUGGCUCUAGUGUACUUUCUAGAUCCGCAGAAGAAUUUGAAAAUGAUCAAUCAGUGGAAGCAAUGUGGACAAUGAAAGCAAUAGAACACGCAGAAGUUUAUUUCAAUAUUUUAUGUUCUGUUGAUCCUAAACUUCUGAGACUUACACCUCACGAUGAUCAAAUUUAUAAAACAUUUCGAGAAACAUUUCCAAAUCUUAAGGUAGAUAAAAUAAUUGAGGAUGAUUUUAAAUCAGAAGAAGAAAAGCAAAAGUGGCGUCCCUUCUGUGAACAAUUCAAAGGUACAGUAGAGGAUUAUAAUUUUGGAACAUUGUUAAGAGCAGAUUGUGAAGGAGAAUAUUCAGAGAAAAACAGUAUAUUAACAUCAAGAAUUCAAUUCUACGCAAUUGAAUUAGCAAGAAAUAGAGAAGGUCUCAAUGAUGGUAUACGAAGCAAAUACAAAAGAACAAACCACAAUAUUUAGCUUAUAAUAAUUAUAAUAUUCUUAUGUUGAAUUUUUACAUUACAAUGAAAUUAAAAAAAGUAUAUAAUUUUUAUACAUUUAUCAUUAUUAAAUUCUACAUUUAAAUAAAACGUUACUCAUUUAUCAAAAUU